CGCCUCCUUUUAGCCCCUUCCCCUCAUCAAAAAUCUUUUCACGUUUUUACCCAGCUACGAACAAGAUGACCAAUAACACCACCUCUACCCUUAUAUCUGGCGCCAUCUUUAUUGGAGAUGACAAUUCUGACUCCCAUGCUCAGCCAGUAGAUGUGUUCAAGAAUCCAACCAACCAUAUCACCGCGCUCUCUUCGAUCUUGGCCCACUUUGCCAAGAAAACUGGCUUUUCUCCGCGCCGCCACCAGCAGCAUCAAAGUUCCCUCAUCAUUCCUGCCUACGAUGAAUUCAUUAAGGAUGCUAUCGCCUACUCUGCCUUUCAGGAGACCAACUUUAAGGAAACAAAAGCCUUGCCUCUUGAUGGUUCCCUCUUCCAGUUUGAGCAGGCCAUUCGCGAGUUCCUCCAGAGCGGUGAGGGAUGGACCGACGCACCGCUAAUUGCCCGCAGCCUUCGCGAUCUUGUCCCGGGUUAUAUCCCAGACCCAGCCGUAAAGAAUGGGCAGUGGAUCUUGUCGCUCCUUAUUCUGCGCAACAACACCGACAAGGUCUACAUCCAACAUGCUCAAGUGACUUUGGACAUCUUUGAAGACAACCAGGGUCAUGGUGUGGUGUACAUCCCGAAACAGUCAGCCAAAUUUGAGAUCGGCGAGCUCGAGCUAUUGGCCCCUUUCUUGAUUCAAAAUGCACAGAAACUAAGCGAGGAGCUUCCGAUCAUCAAUGUCCAGGGUGCGACAGAGCUUUUGAAUUCACCCAAGAUUUAG